CCCCCCCAGCGUCGCUCACAAGUUAUGCUGCCAUUAGCGCUACCUCCGGCCCCGGCUAAGUUCCCACCACCUCUGCUCUCUUCACCCAGCUGGCUCUCGCUAAUUCUGAGAUUGCAAUUGUGCCAUUAUUACUAUCUGAGGGUGGUGUCGAUUUUUACAGCAGACGGGAACCUUAGUGGGAAAGAGAUCUCUUGUUUGAGCUGAGUCUGGAGGGUGGAGGGUGGAGGGUGCUGGGAGUGAUUGAUCAUCAGUCGGCGAUGUGCAUGCUUGGUAUAUUGUAAAGGCGCUGCUUUCUUUAGGACUUCCAGAGUUGCGCGUUGCAGAAGUGUGUCUGUCAACAUGGCCAACAUGAAUGAGGUCAUGAACAUGAACAGAGAUCCCGAGUGGAUGACAGAGAACGAGAAUGGGAAUGAAGGUGGAGGUAAGCAGGGCAAGAAGGGUAAGGGUGGUGGCGGCGGCGGCGGCGGCGGCGGCGACACCAACAACCACAGUAACAAUAAUAACCAGCAGAAUAAUAACAACAAACCCAAAGGACCUGUGGUUCCGAAAUAUGAAUACAAAGUGAAGAUGUGCUGCCCCAAGUGUGAGGAGAAGGUUCUGGAGGAAGCUCAUUACGUCUAUGGUGUGCAGUCAGUGAGCAUCGACCGUGGGCACAGCAAAGUCACCGUGGUUGGGAAUGUCGAUCCCACGAUUUUAUUGAAGAAGUUCAAGAAGAAUGUCGAUAAGAAGGCGUACUUCUGGCCUCAGGAGACCAAGAAAGAUUCAGGUGGUGGCGGAAAAGGUGGGAACGCUGGGCAAGGGCAAGGGAAUGGUCAGAAGCAAGGAAAAGGAAAUGAUGGGAACAACAAUGGCAAUAACAGCAAUAAUAACGGAGGAGGUGAGAAGAAAAAAACUGGAGGUGGCGGUGGUGGCAACAAUAACCAGCAGAGCAAUGGUGGACAUGGGGGUGACAACACUCCUAAAAAUAAGAACAACAAUCAAGGAGGAGGUGGAGGGGGAGGCGAAAACUCCCAGAGGAACAAGAACAACAACAACAACAACAACAAUUCCAAUAACAAUCAGAAUCAGAAUCAAGGAGGUGGUAGUGGUGGUGGUGGAGGAGAAGGAAAGGGGAAAAGUAAAGGUGGUGGUGGUGGCGGCAACAACCAGGGCAACGAGUAUCCGAUGGUCUUUCGAGACCCUGGCUAUGAUUAUGGAGGCUUUCCACCCAUGGGAGGCUAUGGCGGAGGUUACUACCCUGGUUACCACCCUCAUGAUAUGAACUAUCAGCCUAAAGCCAACUAUUACAGCGAUUACAGGCCCAGCCAGUCCUACCCGGCCGAUUUUCGCAGCACGGACUAUUCCAGCCAGCCCAUCACCAAUCCUAAUUACAUGAAGAGCAUCAUUUUCUGAGCAAGGUCGGAGUUGUGUUCGUGUCUCGGGUGGAUUAGCUUGCUUUGGUUACUUCAGGAACAUGUGACUGAAAAGCGCUGUAUAUAUAUAUGAGUGUGUUUGUAGUUGUUGCGGAGUUAGUAGCUUAUAUAGACCGGGGAGAUGAAGUUUUGACACGAAUCCAUUGUGACAGAAAGUACAGAUAUUGAUGGGUUAGGCUCUCCUGUCGAGUUCAUGAGGUUCAGCGAAGAUGGGUCUUAAUCCUCAAACUCAAGGUUAUGGUGCUCGAGGCUUUCUGUUACUGGAAGUGGGGAUAUCUCUUUGACUUGUAGUGUUCUCGGCCCUGCAAAGCAGUAGGACCAUUAUAAGUUGAAUUUCUUUCAUAUACGAGACCUAAGCUAUUGCUCUUA